AUGGAGAUAGAAAUUGCAAUUGAAAAGAAGAAGUCUAAAGCUAAGAAAAGUGGUGGUAGCUCUGUUAGCGUUGCUUUGCUUAAUGAUGAUGAGGAGGAUCAUGAAUCUGAUGAUGAGGAGGAAGAAGUGUCACCAAUCAUCUUCUCUGGUAAGAAAAAGAGGAGGGGUUCAAGUUUGUGUGAUCUUGCGAUUUUGGUGGUUGACAUAAUGCAUGGGUUAGAGCCACAAGCCAUAGAAUCUCUAAAUCUGUUAAGAAUGAGGGACACAGAGUUCAUUGUUGCAUUGAAUAAGGUGGAUAGGCUAUAUGGAUGGAAACCAUGCAAGAAUGCUCCUAUCGUGAAGGCAAUGAAACAGCAAACUAAAGAUGUUGUAAAUGAGUUUAACAUGAGGCUCCCUGGGAUUAUAACCCAGUUCAAGGAGCAAGGUCUCAACACUGAGCUAUACUACAAGAAUAAAGAAAUGGGAGAAACUUUCAGUAUCGUUCCUACCGUGGAAGAUAUGGAGUCAGUUUUGAGCAGGAUCGACAAAAGCGGUGAAGGAGUUUACGUACAAGCGUCUACACUAGGGUCAUUGGAAGCGUUGCUUGAGUUCUUGAAGUCCCCAGCUGUAAAGAUACCUGUAAGCGGUAUCGGCAUAGGCCCUGAUAUCAUGAAGGCGGGAGUGAUGCUGGAGAGGAAGAAGGAAUACGCUACGAUUUUGGCUUUUGACGUGAAAGUGACUACAGAGGCUCGUGAGCUUGCUGACGAAAUGGGAGUCAAGAUCUUGUGCGCUGAUAUUAUUUAUCAUUUGUUCGAUCAGUUCAAGGCAUAUAUUGAGGAUAUCAAAGAUGAGAAGAAGAAGAAGGAAUCGGCCGAUGAAGCAGUCUUCCCUUGUGUCCUUCAGAUUUUACCUAACUGUGUGUUUAAUAAGAGAGACCCAAUAGUCCUUGGAGUUGAUGUCGUCGAGGGUAUACUCAAGAUUGGAACUCCCAUCUGCGUCCCUAGCAGAGAGUUCAUCGAUAUUGGCCGCAUUGCCUCUAUUGAGAACAACCACAAGCCUGUUGGCUAUGCAAAGAAGGGCCACAAGGUGGCGAUACAGUAG